UCCGGUUGAAUCAGUCCGACAAGCCGGCGGAGAGAGGCGAAGGGAGCCUCAGCGCAACGCGAUGGAGCGGUGCUAAGAAAGCCGGCAGAAGAGGAAAAAAAAAAAAUUAGGGAAGACAUAAACAACUACAUGACCAAAGAAGCCGGACCGGCCCUGAGCAACGCCGAAAAAUAAACCACCAUGCAAUUUAAAUACAGACGGAUCUGAGCAGUGGAGCUGCUUCUUUCUUCAAGGUUACACCGCACCCCCCCUCCACGUCUUCUCGUCUCGUCUCAGAUCAGCUGGCGCACGUCGGUCCGCAGGCACCAUGUCCGCGGAGGAGCAGGGAUACCCCCGAGCGACGCUGCUGGAGGCCCGGCCGGAGUGGCUGCGGGCCGAGGUCGAGCGUCUUUCCCGGGAGCUGAGCGAGACCACCGGCGAGAAGAUCCAGGCGGCGGAGUACGGGCUGGCGGUGCUGGAGGAGAAGCAGCAGCUCAAGCAGCAGUACGAGGACCUGGAGGUGGAGUACGAGGCUGUCAGGCAGGAGCUGGACCAGCUGAAGGAGGCCUUUGGACAAGCUUACACCAACCACAGGAAGGUGGCGGCAGAUGGGGAGAGCCGGGAGGAGUCUCUAAUCCAGGAGUCGGCAUGUAAGGAGGCCUACUACGAGCGGAGGGUCCUUGAGCUGCAGAAGGAGCUGCGGCAGACACGCAACAUCCUGACCAAUACCCAGUCUGAGAAUGAGCGUCUCGUUGCUGUCUCCCAGGAGAUUAAAGAGAACGGCGAGAUGGUGGAGCUCCAGAGGAACCAGCUGCGCGACGACAUCAAGGAGUACAAGUUCAGGGAGGGCCGUCUGCUGCAGGACUACACCGAGCUGGAGGAGGAGAACAUCUCUCUGCAGAAGCAAGUGUCCGCACUCAAACAGAGCCAGGUGGAGUUUGAGGGUUUGAAGCACGAGAUCCGGCGUCUAGAAGAAGACACCCAGUUCCUGAACAGCCAGCUGGAGGACGCCAUCCGCCUGAAGGAGAUCGCUGAGCGUCAGCUGGGCGAGGCUCUGGAGACCAUCAAGACGGAGCGCGAGCUCAAGACCUCCCUGAGGAAAGAGCUGUCCCACUACAUGAACAUCGGAGACACUCUGUACCACAGCAUUUCUCUGGACGGCCUCAAGUUCAGCGACGAUGCUGCCACCGAGCCAAACAACGACCAGGCUCUGCUGGGAUACGAGAACAGCUUCACCAAACUGGCCGACACCAUCAACGAGGACAACCGCACGUUCACACCGAAGGAGGAGGAGGAGGAGCUCUUCUGCCCCGUGCCCAGCCUGGUGGACGACCUGCUGAGCGAGCUGAACAUCUCGGAAAUCCAGAAGCUCAAACAGCAGCUGAUGCAGAUGGAGCGAGAGAAGGUCAACCUGCUGUCCAACCUGCAGGACUCCCAGAAACAGCUGGAGCAGGCCAACGGGGCUCUGUCAGAGCACCAGGAGAAGGUCAGCCGCCUGACGGAGAACCUCAACGCCAUCCGCAAGCUCCAGGCCAGCAAGGAGCGCCAGUCCGCUCUGGACAACGAGAAAGAGCGGGACAGCCACGAGGACGGAGACUACUACGAAGUGGACAUCAACGGGCCAGAAAUCCUGGAGUGCAAGUACAAGGUGGCCGUGUCAGAAGCGGGGGAGCUGAAGGAGGAGCUGAAGACUCUGAAAGCAGAAUACCAGGCCUGCCAGUCGAGGUACGAGGAAGAGCGCAGCCGCCUGGAGAGCGACGUCAGGUCCCUGGGAGACAAACUGUCCAGUCUGGAGAGGACCACGUCGGCAGAGAGAGAGGAGAAGGCAAAGCUGGAGAAAGAGCUGCGCAAGCUGAGCGACGUGGCGGGCGAGUCCCAGGGCAGCCUGAGCGUGGCCCAGGACGAGCUGGUGACGUUCAGCGAAGAGCUGGCCACGCUCUACAACCACGUCUGCAUGUGCAACAACGAGACGCCCAACAGAGUGAUGCUCGACUUCUACAAGGAGGGCAAAGGCGGCCGCAGCAGCCCGGAGGGCCGCGGCCGCCGUUCUCCCAUCCUCCUCACCAAGGGUCUCUUCCCAGAGCACGGCAGGGCCGACCUCAGCGACGGCGCUCCCUCGCCCGUCUCCUCGCUGCCUUCCCCCGUGGCCGACCACCGCCGCGAGCCCAUGAACAUCUACAACCUGGUGGCGAUCAUCCGAGACCAGAUCAAGCACCUGCAGCUGGCCGUGGACCGCACCACCGAGCUGUCCCGCCAGCGGGUGGCAUCUCUGGAGCUCGGCACCGUGGCCGACAAGGACAAGGAGGCCUGCAUGGAGGAGAUCCUCAAGCUGAAAUCCCUGCUCAGCACCAAGCGGGAGCAGAUCGCCACCCUGCGGACUGUCCUCAAGGCCAACAAGCAGUCAGCCGAAGUUGCUCUGGCCAAUCUGAAGAGCAAGUACGAGAACGAGAAGGCCAUGGUGACCGAGACCAUGAUGAAGCUGAGGAACGAGCUGAAGGCUCUGAAGGAAGACGCCGCCACCUUUUCCUCCCUGCGAGCCAUGUUCGCCACACGCUGUGACGAAUACGUCACCCAGCUGGAGGAAAUGCAGAGGCAGCUGGCUGCAGCCGAGGACGAAAAGAAGACCCUCAACUCUCUGCUGAGGAUGGCCAUCCAGCAGAAGCUGGCCCUGACGCAGCGCCUGGAGGACCUGGAGUUCGACCACGAGCAGACCCGCCGCGGAGGCAACGCGGGGCGCUCUAAGGCUCGCAGCAAGGCCGCCGGCAACGCCGCCGCCGGCAAGCCGCACGUAAGUCAGAGUCUCACCUGCUCUGGCUCCGGGCGCCCCGAGCUCAACAACGCCAUGCCCAACGGCAUCCUGGGAGGCCCCGCCGUCUUCUGCAGCGAGAAGUACAAGAUCUACUGCGACUGAGAAGCGGCUCCGACGUCGGCGCGGACUGCUGUGUACAGAGGGCGGGGUGGGUGGUGGGGGGGCCGAACCCUCCCUGCCCUGCCCUUAGUGUUAAAGAGCCCCACUCGCUUUGCUCCCCCCCCCCCCCCGGCCGGCCUGCGCUCCUCUAGGGACUGCUGUUACUAACCGGCUGCUCGUUUGUGCUCGUGUAACCGCUUAGGGGAAUGCAGAUGUAUGUACAGUGUGCUGUGGACUGUAGUAGACAUAUCUGGCAUGUGGGUUUAUGGGGCCCUGGUUAUAAUGGGGGAAGUGGGGGGGAGGGUGUUAUGGAUAUUAAUGGAGUGUCUAUUCUUUCCGCUGUCAUGGUGCUGUACCUAUGGUGUAAAAGGUGGCAGCUUCUGUAUUUAUCUGUUCUGGCUUCCCCGGUAACAUAAACACAUCUCGGGAGGGGGUGUAGGCGAGUAAAGAUGAUGUCCGACCUGAAGGACAUCCUCUGCUAGCGUGUCUGUCGGUGCUCCUUUGACGAAAAUAGCCCCAAACCGCUUCCCCUUCCUCUCCGUCCUGACCCAGAACUCCUCUAAAGUCUGGCAGCCCAUUUAUUUUUAUUUUUUUAAAUCAAGUAACUGAUGUUUACACGAAAAUGACCUAAAAUAUGCAAGCUCCCUCUGCCUCGUGGCUAGGGGAAGCAUCAAAAUGGAUCUAUGUACCAAUUCAGACUCAGAAGAAGAGAAUCUUUUUGGUUUUCUAAGGAAAUGGUUUGGGCAGGGGGGGGUAAAAAAAAAAAGGAGCACCUGUGAGCGCGGGCGUUUGUUUCAGGAUCAGUUUUAAAGCUGUGACGCUAGCACACCAACACAGUAACGUCGGUAGGAUCGCAUGGCUUUGCUUUGCUUCAAUUCUUACUGUUGUUUUCCGUCAUCGGGUGUGUUAUCAGAUGCACCGCAGGGCUCUACAUUGCAAAAAAAUCCCAGUUAAUUGGUGCACGGUGAAACACGGAAAGGGGGGGCUGUGUCCUCCACGCGAUCCGACAUGUCGCAGUGGGUCUGAUCAGAGCCAUAUCGAAGGAGAACGUCUGACAAAUCGAUCUUCGCAUCCAAAUUAAGUGCACUUCAACAUAGGUGCCUCAGGUUACUUCUUCCGUUUUUACUGUGAACGGAGGUACGCGUAUAGUUUUGUUCAAAAGCUAUUUUUUUUUUUUUUUGAAUAAUCAGCAAAAUUUCUGGAUGAGCACAAAUAAUUAAAAAGGGAAAGUCCCUCAAAUCUGGAUAAAGCGACACUGACCGCUCGGCAAAAGUGCCUGACCAGACGAACAUUUGGUGUGUUUAUCUGUUUGACGAUGCAAAGCCCUGUCCUCGUGUCUCGGCUCUCCCCCGCCAUUUAUCGCCUCCCCGCUGUAAACCGUGGGAGGUCGCUCGCUAGCUUUCCAAUAAUCAUCGUAAUAACCGCCUUCUCUCCUGUAGAUGUGUCCCCAGCUCGCUCCCUCGCCAUCACCACUCACCCUUUAACUAGAAACGAGGACUUGUGAGGGAAAAUGUUUCUUUCAGGUAACGGCCUCGCGUUACGUUUUGCGCGCGCGUGUGUGUGUGUGUGUGUGUGUAUCUCAGUGUUGAAGUGAAGGGGCCCUCGUGUGUGUAUAUAUGUGUGUGUGUAAGCAACAUUUUUAACCAUUUCCACAACGAGGGCCUCUCAUUUCUGUGUCGUCUGGUGUGCGAGGGCGACACGGCGCACUGUUUUUAGUAUUUACAAUAGCUUUAAACCAUUGCAAGCUAGUAUUAAGCAAAUAGUAAAGAAAAAAAAUAUCAUUAAAGGUGGGGCUUGUGUUUAUUAAAUCCAUGUACUGCUAAUGGAUCAUAAACAUUUUCUCUUUACGAUGUUAAAAGCAGGGUUGAUGGAAGGUGAUCCUGCAAGAUAUUUUGAAAUUGUACCGUUUUCUACUAAACACUACAAAGAUCUAUAUUAAACUCUUUAUUCUUGAUAUAAUCUUUCAGGUCGCGAUCUUGCAGGAUCCUGCUACAGUGUUCCUACACCUUUGAUACGAUGCAAUGUGGAUUGAUUCCUGAUUUAAAAAAUAAAAUAAA